CAACACUUAAUGACCACAGCGCUGAUAUAAUGAUAUAACUAUGCCAUUUGUUUAUUUUGAAGUCUUUCACUUUGUGGUGUAAGAAUGAGAACAAUCAGACAACGCGUUUUAAAGGUACAGUUAGCAUUGCACAGACUCCAAAGCUGGCAAGAGCAAGAACUUGUAUAGAAAAACAUUAUAUCAGAUGUGUGCGGCUGUCUCCUGUGAUCCUCAGACAGUAAGGUUCAUCAGAAAUUACGGUCAGGCACAGCCUGUAAGUCAGUCGAAUGCCAAUCCUUCCUGUUGUCAAAAUCUGCAGGGUCAUCUCUUUGAAUGCAUUAUACCAAUGCCCCUGGGGGUAACUGCCUCUGAAUAUUUAUUCUUCUUAUACUUUUUGAUGAGUCAAACUGUUGGUGUCUUUCUUGUUCCUCUAGAAGUGUACAACCACAUCAAAAGACACAAUCACACACUCAUAUACACACACUCAGGGUCUAGUGCCCAAGAUGGGCACAAACAUCAUGUCCAGCCAAAUAUAGAAAGCAUUCUCACUCCCACACUAAUGUAAUAUGAUCUGCACCCCACUCAUUCCAGCACCUUAACUUUCUGGCACAAGAGAGAUACAUCAUACUGUAAAGGACAAUUUAAGCAAAUGUAAAGUUACAUUCUGGACUUCUGUAGAUUUUAUACAGUGUGCCUAAAAUUGGGAUUAGAGAGUACAUAUCGUGUUUGUUGGUAGGCUGCAUUUAAAAAGAAAGAUGAUAGUAUUUUAAAGAAAUAUGCUUGCCCGGGCGUUUACAUUACAGAUAAUGAGAAGUAUUAUUUAGUGAAUGUAACAUUUAUGCUCUGUAAAGAAAACCAGUGGUGUCUGCAGCAUUCAGAGCCAUGUAGGAAUAGCAUGAGGUAUUUAAAGCCCACAGAUCACAUGGUCAGAAUGAGAGAUGUGUGAACAGAAGCCCCCUCAGAGUUGCCUUUGGUUGGAUUUGUUGCCUUUAACUAACUAUUAGCUUCAAGGAAAGGAGAAAAAAGGUGGUCAACAGGGCCCACAGCCCCAGCUGAUGGAGGACAGAUAUGAUCUGAAAGGCACAGCACCAUUUUGACUGACUCGGUGACAAAAAGCUGAGGGCUGCAGCUGUUACCUUCUCUCUGAGCUGAGAGAAGCCGUGUGGCCAAAAGGAGCUCCUGAAGGUUGACGGGCUCAAGCUGCCGUCGUGCAUUGCUUUGUGUUGGAGUUUUAAUUUGGAUCAAUGUGGGCUCUGGUGACUGAGCUGUUCUUCAGCUUCGUGCUGCUGGCUUUCCUGGUAAUCAGCUGUCAGAACGUCCUCCACAUUGCCAGCGGCACUGUGCGGUCCGUGCUCACCUACAUUCAUGCUCAGCUGGACCACGAGCUCGGUGAGAUAGAAGGAAUAGCUGAUGAAGAGGAGAACGUAACCACCAGGGUGGUGCGCCGCAGAGUCAUUCUCAAGGGUGACGAGGCUGAAGAUCUUCCUGGGGAGCAAGUGAGCGAGGAGCAAUUCACAGAUGAACAUGGAAACAUUGUCACGAAAAAGAUUGUGCGGAAGGUUGUGCGCAGAGGGCAAGGUUCAAGUGAGGAAGGGGUUCAGGAGCUGAGCGUGGAGGGUUCUCUGCAGGAUGCCAAUGAGCUGGAGGGGGAUACUGAGCAGUACAUGAGCUACGCCAUCCUGGGUCGGGACGGCAGCAAGGUGGGCUUCUGACCGGCCGGCUGCUGUGUGUCUCACCUCAGGCUCCCGUUAUUAGCUGCAGGUCAUGCAGUGAGGCUUCAGAGCUGAUAUCAGAUGAAACGGCUGAACACCAUUUGACAAGACCACACUUUACUUGAUUAAAAAAAGCAGUAAGGCCAUGAUGUGUUAAGCUAAGAGUGUGCAGUAAUCGUUGACAUAGAUUUCCAGACAUCCAUAACAGUAUUUAGAUACUUUCACCUCCGUAACCACAUUUAGUUUAGGAUGACUUUUAACGUAUUGUGUCAGAAUUAAAUCAAUUGAGAGGAUAGAGACGUGUGUGUGUGUUUGGUUAAAUGCAUGAUUUUUGCACUUUUCCUGUAAUGUAAAUCUCCACACAAAUGUUCCUGUCUCAUAUUCAUCUUGUGUAUGUAAGAAGAAGAAGAGAGUUAACAUCAGAUGCUCUUCUUGCUUUGGGGCUCUCAGCCCAUUAGCUGACUCAGGGUUUCAUUAUCCCUGUCAUCACUAAGUCAUCCGAAGUCACUGCUGUUUGCUUCUGGUGCAAUAAUGACUGAAUGUAAUGACUGCAGUCUCUUCUAGGUGUCAUGAUUUCAGUUCCCUCUUCCUUCACUGGUUACAUCAAUGAGUGACUGUCCUGUCUUCUUUCCUUCAUUAAAGCCUCUAGUCAACUGUGACUGUGUGCCUUAUCACUCAAACCAAUAUUUAGCUAAUAUUUCAGACACUUGGGUCCACAAGAAUAUAUAGCUCAGGUGGUGUGUAUUGUCUUUAUUUGAUUGUGUAAUGUCCAUAUGGAGCUUUUUCGAGUCAUUCAAAUAUCAAUUUUUUUUACAUCACUCUGCAUCACAAAUACAGUGUCUUACUUGUCUCUCCAAGUGUCAGCCACCACUUUUGUCCUUGCUUGAUUGUUUUGAUCUCAUUUCUUUCUUUUUCCCCCUCUCUUUCCUCUGUCGCUCAUUCUUCUCUCACAUUUCUAUUAAAUCUCCUGUGUUGUUUUCCCUGUUUGUUCUCUCUUUUCUUGUGCCUCUAUGGUCUCUCCCCGCUGAUGUAUUUCUGUUUGUUCUCAUCUCUCUGCCUCUAUACCCUUGUCCUUUAUUUUACUCUCCCUUACUAAUAUUUCCUCAACUUCGUGUUCCUGUCAUCGCCACGUCUUCUGAACCCACGCACCUCCUCUGCCAUCGACUCCCUUACCCCUCCCCACGGUGUAGCCCGAUUCUGUGGAUGUGAAG